ACAUUGCUGAAAAGUUAAGUAGAAGCUAUUUCAAAGAAGCGUCAACUUCAAAUUGGAAAACUGCUUAUUUGACUUAUGCAGUCGAAGCUAUGUGAGGACAUUUUAACCAACGGCGAUCAAAGGAUUAACGCCCGAGGCGUCUAUGUAUAAAAAUAGAAAGGGGAAAUCCAAUUCUGUCCUGACGUCACUUCCUACUCGCACUGUCGGGUCAAAACGUGUGGCGACUGAUGAAACGUGAAAAUGAACAGCGUCGGGCAAGAGUGUCAGGACUUGAAGAAAGCAUACGAUGACUGUUUUAAUAAGUGGUUUGCAGACAAAUUCUUAAGAGGACAAAAGGAGGACGAGUGUGCUCCACUCUUUCGUGUUUAUCAGAAUUGUGUGAAGAAUGCUAUCAAGGCCAAGAAUAUUGACUUGUGGCAGAUAGACGCUGCUGUUCUUGGAACCGAGAAGGAGAAGCAGCCUCCAGUGAAAAAGCCCAGAGGUUGACAAGCCUGCGCCACGUCACAACACAUCAUGUGUUGAAAAUAACUUUGAAAAAGAUUCUACUUAGAACAUUGAAUAAUUACACCCUUCAAUCUUCCAAGCUUCAGUGGAUUAAGUGUUGUUAGAACUAGAAAAUAUGUUUUCUUUUGUUGAUUCAAAGGAAACAAUGAAUAUGAUAAUGACAAUAGUUUAUUGUCUCAAGAGCAGAAUCAGUUCUGUUGGUUUUUUUAAUCUUUUUUAUUUGUCACAAAUUACCAUUUUCAACUGUCAAAUGUGUGGGUAACUGUUAGCACAAGUACCAUGUAGUCAUCCAGUGUUUUAAAGCCUCUGAUGACAUAUAUUUUUUUCCUUUUGGUAUCUCAUAUAUUUGAAUGUAUAGUCUCAAUGUAAAUUCAAUCAGUUGAUAUAUGUUUGUAGAUAUUGCAUGGACUUUUUAUACAAGACAUUAGGGCUGGGACGAGUCCAAAUUUACUACCUGGGUACUCACCAAACUAUUACUGACCCUACCCGGGUACCCGCUGUAGGUCUCAAGAGAUAGGUACAAAUGUCUGGUUGGGAAUAGUGUGACUGUAGCCCUGGCAAAAUGUAUUAAGAUACUCAUAGAAAACAAUGCAUACAUUGAAGCUGACUGAGGUUUUAUCUCUAUUCAAACAUAUGAAGUCAGAAGGAAUGGGUGCAUAGACUAUUAGUCAGAAAGACAUUCGAACAUUAGUCACUUAUAGUGUAAUUGUGGAAGUUCUAGAUAAUUUUUACCAUUAUGCAAUAUAUCACGUGACUUACAACAGGUCCGUGUAGUCCUGUGGGUAUCCGGGUCCUACUCAGGAAGCACCCGACCCGAGUUACCCGUCCCAGCCCUACAAGACAUCAUCAUAUUCUCGGAUCUAGGCUUCUUUAUGGAAGUCAGGGAACAGGUGGACUGUCAUCUUUGGCACCACAAUUUGCAGAGCAGAGCUUCAUCACUGAGCUUCAUCACUGAGGCUUGCCAUGAUCCAAUGAUGGUGGGUUGGUAUCACACCAUACCUCAAUCUCAUUAAAAUCAGAUCUUAGUUCUCGCUACGGCUUAACAAAGAUCUGAAGACAUCCCAUGAGGGGUCACGUCAGAACGACCUU